CUGCAGAUUGCUUGGCUAAACAUCAUCAUCAAUCAUACUACUUACAAAAACUCAGUAAUCCGACAUUGAGAUCUCGCUUCACACAAAACUUACAAUGAUAACUACAAAGAUGCAUCUGCUAAUCCUCCUCCCCAUGCUCCUCCUCGCAGUCGCCCUCCCUCAACCUCCCCCAAAAUACAUCGGCUGCAUCUCUCAAUCCUCAACCUUCUCAGCAACAACCCUCCCCACUCCUUUCACAACUCAUCAGUGCCUUCAAGCCUGUGCCGCCAAAGGAAGCCUCGUCGCCAUUGGCAGCGGAACAUGCUACUGCGAUAACGGCAGUGCAUCUGCAUCUUUCGAACUCGUUGAUGAGACUCGUUGCACUGAGCUCUGUGUCCCUGGCGAUGACACCAGCGGCAAGUGUGGAGGACAGGAUGUGCUGAGUUUAUAUCAGAUCGAUGGCUGUGAUGGUGGUUGUGCGAAGAAUGGAACUAUUCCGCCUGUGGUGCAGACGCCUUGUACGCUUUGUGGACAGGCGACGCUUGUUCCUACUCCUACAGCAGUUCAGAGAAAAGCUGGAAGUCCUUGUCCUUUUGAAGGAUGUAAAGCUGCGCCGGCUCCUAUUGCGACUCCUGCUGGAAACUCAACGGCCAAGAUUUGCCCACCUGGGGGAUGUAAUUCCAACGGGCAAGGAGGUGGCCAGAGUGGUAGUGGAGGAGCUGGUGGCCAAGGUGGAACGACAGGCACGCAAAAUGGAUCUGGUGGUGAAGGGUCCAAGGCGGCACCAGGGCUUGCGAAUGAGAGCCCCAGGUUGUAUUCGCCAAGUAUACUGUCAGCUAUCGCAGCCGUGAUCUUUGGGCUGCGGUUUCUAUGAGAAACAGGGAGAGAAAGGGAACUGGCUGGCACGAGGGAAAAG